AUGGCGUCUCCUCUUGGGUUCGGCGGCUCUCCCGCCCAUUCAGAGAGCUUCUCUAGUCCCAAUCCCAUUCCAAUUACUCCCCCAGUCCGAAGGAAACCUCUUCCGCAUAAUGGUGAUCCAGUGACUUCGGGCCCUGACCACCCCUCCUCUCCCAUUUCGCUCGAGGGAGAUAAACCCACUUCAAUUCCCACUGCACCCGUGUCCAGACCACUAUCCCCUUUGUCGGUGGAUGGGGACUCAAAUAUAUCAGUACAAAAGAACCCGAACAGAGUUUGGAAGACUAAUCGCGUGCCUCUGUCCCACCUCCCCAGAUAUUCCCGAGGACGGCACCCUAUCCAACCCCUACACAUAGAUACCGCCGCCUCCCGCCACGGCUCCGCUUCGUACUUGAGAUCCGUUCUUGAGGACGACGACGACGACGAAGACGAGGGUCCUGAUUACUUUGACGAAGAAUACGAACACCAUCGUCUAGAUAGCGAACCGUUCAUCCCGGUCCUCAAAUCCCCUCCUCCAACGAAACGAUCGUCACGACGGGCAACGAGUAUGGCAUUACAUCCGCCUAUGAACAGACCACCUCCGUUACAUAUUGACGUAGACCCGCGUUCGGUGUCAAUGUCAAUGGGUGCCGGAGAUCCAAGACACCCAAAAACCCCUGGAAACAAGAUCAGCUCCUUCUUCGGCUGGAAGGCAGCGAAUAAUAAUACAGUUACAUCCCCUGGAGGCGAAUCAUCGAGCACCGAGAUCUCGGACUCGGGUCGAUCAGCCAUGCCUUCCCCCAUGCCACCAUUAGCAAACGUCCCUUUCAAACCCGGCUCUCCAUACGAUCCGAAGACCAAUGGAUAUGGGGCGCGGACCCCUUCCCUGGGGGCUUCGAGUUUAAAGGAAAGUAUAUUUACGUCGAAGCUGGCAGAGAUUGAGAAUGAAUUACGAGAGAUAAGCUCCGAAUUGGCGGGAUCUAUCCGCCGAGAAAUGGAACUGGAGGAUCUAGUCGAACGGCUACAAUUAGAAGGUCCGGACGUCAAUCGACGCACCAGUGACUAUUUCUCAGACUCGGGUACUAGUUCUGUUCGCUAUGCCUCAGAUCCUGGGAAGAACGAAGAUAUCGAAAAGAUUCGCCGCGCUGCAGAGCAAGAACGCGCACAGCUCAAGGUCGAAUUAUCGCAGAAGUUACAGGAGGAGCGGUCUCAGCGGUUGGCAUCAGAGUCGCAUGUUCAAAUCUUGGAAUCCCAAGUUCAACAGCUUCGACGCGAGAGAACGGAUCUGUCUGAUUUAUCGUCAAAAAACAAGGAACUCGAAACCGCACUGGAAAAUACCAAACGAAAGCUGCUUGAAGAGCGGCAAUCCAAAGAUAACUUCGAGGACCUACUUACUGCCAUGCGAGUAGAGUUGGAACAAUUGCGUAAUGAUCGAGAUCAACUUCGAGACAACAGUCUCGUGGAGGAAAUUGAAGCUUUAAAAAUCGAAAAUGCCUCUUUAGCUCAGCUGCAGGGUGGUCGAUUCGCUUCGAUCGCCGAGGAAGGUGGCUCACCCAGAAAUUCGGCAUUUGGGGUAUCACGAUCGAGCUCCAUUGCACGCAAGCCCAGCGGCUUAGCUCGCUCAGGCUCACUCUCUCGGUCUAACUCGGUCAAUAAUAAUAACAGCGGUGGUAAAUCACCAGAAACACGUGAAUCAUUGGUUGAUAAGGUUCAUGAUAUCGAGGUUCAACGCGAUGCCCUCCACCGGACAUUGCGGAGCCUCCUCGAUCGCCAGGCAUACCAAGCCCGCGAAUACGAGAAGCGUACUCGUAUCCUGGAAAUGGAGCUUGCUCAAGCCCAGCAAUCCGGUCAGCCACGGAAAUUGGGCUACGAGAGAGAUGUGCGGAACCUGCGUGACGAGUGGCAAUGCGAGAAGAACCUCGCUGGUCUCAAGAUGGACUUGGACCGUGCCGAGCAGGAGACCAGCUCCCUACGUGCGCUUCUUCUGGAGGACACUGCUGCCGGUGCAGAGUUGACGACCGGCCAAGAAGGCUUUGCCGAGGUCGUGACCACAUCCUCUUCCCUGCAAUCCGCAUUCCAGCAAUUGCAGGCUGAUCGAGCUGAGGCUGAGGCGGGUGUUGCAGAUUCGGAAGAGCUCGCUUCCUCCCUUGCCCGGACUGAGGCACUGGGCAGCAAGGUCGAUUACCAGCUUCAGAACAACGCCUCUUUGCAUGCCCGUUUAGCAGCGGCCAUUGAUAAGGGUGACAAAGAUCAGCAAAUCUCGGUUGAACGGAUCAAUGUUCUGCAGAACCGCAUGAGGGAGCUGGAGGAAGUUCUUUUGGUUGCGCAAAACCACUCCGAAGAAGAGAUGGGCAAGCACGAGGAAGAAAUUCGUUUGCUGAAGGAAAGCCAGCAUGCCCAGCUCACUCGGAUGAUGAAUGGCGGACGCAGCACAGUCGGCCUCUCCCCGCGGCCGCCAAACGCACCAUUCGAUUCUCGCUCGCCGCGUCUAGACCAGACCACGAGCGGCCAAGGUGUACCCUUGACCGAGGUUGUCCAGGCCGAAAUCCUCGAGCGACGAGUGAAAGAUCUCGAGAAACUCCUCCGUGAUGCGGAUAUGGAGAUGGAGCAAGUGGUUGGACGGAUGAACCGUACGCAGAUCGAUGUGGCUCAGCUUCAAACUGACAGAGACGACGCUCUCCGCCAGACCCGCCAACUCCAGACCGAGAUCCAAGCCGAGCGUGACGCCCUCAGAGGGCUCAUUAACGCCCUGUAA